UUUGGAAUAUCUAACAAAUUUUUUAAGAUAGUUUUUGUUUACUUAUAAGUUGGUAUUGCAUAAAAAGCCGCCAAAAUGGGUAAACGACAGCAUCAAAAGGAUAAAAUGUACUUAACGUACACCGAGUGGACCGAGUUCUAUGGUGGCAAAAAAGUGGAAUCCUUGGAGAAUGAACAUAUUAAAUUUAAACGUUUACCAUUUGGCAAUUGCUGCAUAACCAUGGCACCAUUCGAAAUGCCGUACAGUGAUCUCAAUGGGAAUGUCUUCGAGUAUGAGGCGAUAUUGACAUUCUUGAAGGCAUUUAAAGUCAAUCCCAUUACUGGCCACAAAAUGGACUCCAAAUCCUUGAUUAAACUUAACUUUCACAAAAAUGCCAACGACGAAUACCAUUGCCCCGCGUUGUUUAAGCCCUUCAGCAAAAACUCGCACAUUGUGGCUGUGGGCACAACGGGCAACGUUUACUGCUGGGAGGCAAUCGAUCAGUUAAACAUUAAGACCAAAAACUGGAAAGACUUGGUUGAUGAUACACCAUUCCAACGCAAGGAUAUUAUCACAAUACAAGAUCCCCAGCAUUUGGAAAAGUUCGAUAUAUCCAAGUUCUAUCACAUCAAGAAAAAUUUGCGUGUGUUAACAGCUGAAGAGCAGCUGGAGCGCAAGGAUCCCCUGGGACGCAUCAAGACCAUGAAUAUGGAAACGAAGGAGACGCUGGCACAGCUACAGAAAGAUUAUCAACCAGCGGAAGAGGCACCAUCUGGUUCUAAACGCACAGCAGACAAGUUUAACGCGGCGCACUACUCAACCGGCGCAGUUGCAGCCAGCUUUACAUCCACUGCCAUGAUGCCUGUAUCCCAAAGCGAGGCAGCUAUCAUUGACGAUGAUCUUGUCAAGUACGAGCGGGUCAAGAAGAAGGGCUAUGUGCGGCUGAACACAAAUUUCGGGCCGCUCAACUUGGAACUCUAUUGCGAGCAGACCCCACGCGCUUGUGACAAUUUUAUUAAGCAUUGCGCAGAUGGCUAUUAUAACAACGUGCUGUUUCACCGUUCCAUAAGGAACUUUAUUAUACAAGGAGGGGAUCCAACAGGCACAGGUGCUGGUGGUAAAUCGAUAUGGGGAAAGAUGUUUGAGGACGAGUUCAAGCCUAAUCUAAGCCACACGGGACGCGGCAUGCUGUCAAUGGCUAAUUCGGGGCCCAAUACAAAUGGCUCCCAGUUCUUCAUUACCUAUCGCUCAUGCAAGCAGCUCGACGGUAAACACACAAUUUUUGGCAAAUUAGUUGGAGGCCUUGAGACACUGCAGAAAAUGGAAAACAUUGAGGUGGACAACAAGGACAGGCCCAUUGAGGACAUCAUAAUAGAGAACGCUCAGGUGUUCGUUAAUCCAUUCGAAGAAGCUGUCGAGCAGCUGGCCAAAGAGCGUGCAGAAGAAGCGGCCAGCAAACAGGUGGCGGCCAUAAAGCUUGAGCAGCAAAAACGUUUAAACGAACCGCUUAAAAAGUACCGUGAAGGAGUGGGCAAAUAUCUAAAACCAAGUGCGCCCAAAAACCCAGAACCACAAUCACAAUUGCCUGGAGCGCAGCCUGCGAAAAAGAAGAAGCAUACAAACGGUUUUGGCGAUUUCUCCAGCUGGUAGCUGUACUCAAAUAAACACAUAU